UACGCCAAAAACAGAGUCCGAGAAUCUCUGUUCUCCAUCAAAAACAGAGUCAAGAAAAAGAGAAAAAAAAAAUGACAAAUCUUUCUGUAGCAUUCUCCCUCAUCCUCCUCAUCGCAACUCUCCCGUGGAUUCAAAGCCUGAACCCAAAGAAACCCGUAAUCUCAAGACACGAUUCUCAGAAACAGACCGUAAGCAACAUCCAAUUCUACUUCCACGACACCGUCAGCGGGAAGACCCCCUCCGCCGUCAAGGUCGCCGAGGCCCCAACCACCGGGAAUUCUCCGACCCUCUUCGGCGCCGUGUUCAUCGCUGACGACCCAUUGACAGAAUCACCCGACCCGAAAUCGAAGGAGGUGGGGCGAGCACAGGGGCUGUACGGAUCUGCUGGGCAGCAGGAACUGGGCUUAAUGAUGGCAUUAACCUACGAAUUCACCGCCGGAGAGUUCAACGGCAGCUCCAUUGUUGUUGUGGGGAAGAAUUCGGUGAUGCAUACUGUUCGUGAGUUGCCGGUCGUCGGAGGGACUGGGGUUUUCCGGAUGGCUCGUGGCUAUGCACUGGCGAGGACUUAUUGGGUCAACACCGUUGGUGAUGCCAUUGUGGGUUAUAAUGUAACAGUUAUACACUAAAACAAAUCCCGAGUUCCAGAAAUUAUUGGAUGAGACUGUCGUAACAAAAAUGGUAGAAGUAUCUAAUUAUUUAUUAGAGAGUAUUUAAAAUUUUCGAAUCUAUAUUUAACUGUUAUUAAAGGUAGAAUAACUUUUCGCAUUUAGUUUGAGAUCCUUAAAACCAGAGCAAAACUAUUAAGUUUCAUAAUUU